AGUAGUUGUCUGGGAAUAAUUGGUCCCUGGAGAGCAUACAUCUGCUCGCUCUCUCUCUCUCUCUCUCUCUCUCUCUCUCUCUCUCUCUUGUCAAACACAAACGGCAGCUGUAGUGCUCUCUGACUGCUCACUUCAGAUAUGGGGCAGCUCAAGACACAAGUAUUGAUCAUCUUCUGCUUAUUAUUUUUUUGCCAAGGGGCGGAAAAAUUCAAAAAUAGAGGUCUGCGCCAGAAGGAUGUCGAUUACGUGGAGAAAUAUUCCACCUGUCUCCAAGGUCCUGCAGGCACUCCGGGAAGAGACGGAAACCCAGGUGUUAAUGGAAUUCCGGGCUCUCCGGGUGUCCCUGGUUGGGAUGGUGUGAAAGGGCAGAAGGGUGACUGUGUGACGGAGAAGUUUGAAGAGCCAUGGAAACCCAAUUACAAGCAGUGCGCCUGGAACUCCCUCAACUACGGCAUUGACCUCGGGAAAAUUACUGAGUGUACAUUCACUAAGAAGCAUGCAGACAGCUCUUUACGAGUGUUGUUCAGUGGAUCUCUCAGGCUGAAGUGUAAGACAGCUUGUUGCCAGCGCUGGUACUUCACUUUUAAUGGGGCAGAAUGCACCGCGCCACUGCCAAUAGAGUCCAUCAUUUACCUGGACCAGGGCAGUCCAGAACUCAACUCCACCAUUAACAUACACAGAACCACAUCAGUUGAAGGUUUAUGUGAAGGUGUUCGUAAAGGCUUGGUAGAUGUUGCUAUAUGGUUGGGUACCUGUGGCGACUAUACCCAUGGCGACGCUUCCACUGGAUGGAAUUCUGUUUCCAGGAUGAUCAUAGAAGAACUUCCUCUGAGCAGCUGAGUCCCUCACAAUCUUCAAGAAACAUCACGACUCCUCCACAAACACUUUUAAUUAAAGGACUAGUAC